AAAUUCCCGUUACUCGUCAUUCUCUCCGGAUCAUCCAAACUUGCCAUGCUUAAGGAGUCAAGGUUAAGGAGUCAACGCGUAUCGAUGCACCAGGUCAACUCUUCAAUGAUGGGGUUCAGACACCGAGCUCAGGCGAUUCGUCUAUUUUGUCUCCUCGCACUCUCCAUUAAUUUUCUUCCUUCGUCACAAUCUGGCCAGUUUUGUGAUACUGGAUUGGGAUAUAGAAAAUCUGGAUGCGGUGUUUCAUCCGCGAAGAUAUUGAUUAAGGGAGGGACUGUUGUGAAUGCCCAUCAUCAGGAGUUGGCUGAUGUGUAUGUGGAGGAUGGUAUCAUUGCAGCUGUUAAGCCUAACAUCAAGGUUGGCGAUGAUGUGAUAACGAUAGAUGCAAUAGGAAAGUUUGUCAUGCCAGGGGGGAUUGAUCCGCACACGCACCUUGCAAUGGAAUUCAUGAGUACUCAGACAAUUGAUGACUUUUUUAGUGGACAGGCUGCUGCAUUAGCAGGCGGAACAACCAUGCAUAUAGAUUUUGUUAUUCCUGUAAAAGGUAGUAUAUCUGCGGGAUUUGAAGCAUAUGUUGAUAAGGCAAAAAGUUCAUGCAUGGAUUAUGGUUUCCAUGUGGCAAUCACAAAAUGGGAUGAAACUGUUGUGAGAGAUAUGGAAAUCAUGGUCAAGGAAAAUGGUAUCAAUUCAUUUAAGUUUUUCCUAGCCUACAAAGGAUCUCUUAUGAUCAAUGAUGAACUUUUGUUGGAGGGGUUAAAGAAAUGCAAGUCUCUUGGUGCCUUAGCCAUGGUUCAUGCGGAAAAUGGUGAUGCUGUGUUUGAAGGUCAAAAGAGAAUGAUUGAACUUGGCAUCACAGGUCCAGAGGGACAUGCACUGUCAAGGCCACCUGUGAUAGAAGGGGAAGCUACAGCUCGAGCAAUUCGCUUGGCUGGUUUUAUCAAUACACCUCUGUAUGUUGUUCAUGUUAUGAGCAUUGAUGCAAUGGAAGAAAUUGCUAGAGCUCGAAAAUCAGGGCAAAGAGUCAUUGGGGAACCUGUAGUUUCUGGAUUAAUUCUUGAUGAUUCUGGACUUUGGGACCCAGACUUUACCACAGCGUCCAAAUACAUCAUGAGCCCACCUAUUAGAACAUCAGGGCAUGGGAAGGCUCUUCAAGCAGCACUUUCGACAGGCAUUUUACAGCUGGUAGGGACUGACCACUGUACGUUUAAUUCAACUCAGAAAGCCUUUGGAAUUGAUGACUUUCGGAAAAUACCAAAUGGUGUCAAUGGCAUUGAAGAGAGGAUGCACUUGGUUUGGGAUACUAUGGUGGCAUCUGGUCAAAUAUCUGUCACUGAUUAUGUUCGCUUGAUGAGCACUGAAUGUGCACGGAUUUUCAAUAUAUAUCCGAGGAAAGGAGCAAUCCUUGUUGGGUCAGAUGCAGAUAUAAUCAUAUUGAACCCUAAUUCAAGUUUUGAAAUUAGUUCCAAUUCCCACCACUCUAGAUCAGAUACCAAUGUUUAUGAGGGGAUGCAAGGCAAGGGAAAAGUCGAAGUCACUAUUUCUCAGGGAAGGGUUGUUUGGGUAAAUGGUGAGCUGAAUGUCGUUCCAGGUUCUGGAAAGUACAUUAAGAUGGCACCUUUCAGUUAUGUUUUUGAUGGGAUUGAAAAAUCAGAUGCCACUCGCCUCUCAUCCUUCAGAGCUCCAGUGAAACGAUAUAAAGCAACAAGUUAAGUUGCACUGGUGCAGUUUAGCAGUAUGAUUGGAUGUGAGGAUGUCUCACAUAUUGAUAAACGUCUUGGAGAAUCAAAUUGGGCUGUUUUUAUGUAACUACUAUUUAUAUAUACGUUUGCACUGUUAUUGUAUUCCUGACAAAGAAGUAGAUUAGAUGUACUAGAGAAAGUGGGUGUAAGGUAAUAAAGUAAGGUUAUAAGGGUAACUUUAUAUUAAAAAGUUACCAAAAAUAGAAGUGUGAAGUUUAUUUUAGACCUACCCCAAAAAGAAAGUGUGAAAUUUAUUUAGGACCGGAGGGAGUAUAUAUUAACUAGUUACACAAACGCAAACAAAGAUGUAAAAUCGUACUAAACAAUGCCACAUUCUGUAGGAAUCAAAUCUAUAAAACAAACCGGG